CAGGUCCAGCUGACACCCCCUGAAGAACAGGAGGAGGUGAAGAAAAGCAGCGCAGAGCCCGCAGAAGCGUCCCUGAGGACACGAACCGCCGGAGCCGAGGACGCAGCAGCAGACGCAGCACAGCCGAUCACCAUGAGUCUGGACGAGGACGCCCGCUGGCUGGAGUGGGUGACCAAACAGUUUGAGACCAUCGCCGGAGAAGACAAAGAAAUCGACAUCGAUGAGUUUAAAACGGCCCUGAAGGUCAAAGAGUCUUUCUUCGCCGAGCGUUUCUUUGCGCUCUUUGACUCGGACGGCAGCAGCUCCAUCAGCCUGGACGAGCUGCUGGAAGCUCUGGACCUCCUGAUCCACGGCAGUGAGACGGACAAGCUCAGGUUCCUCUUCCAGGUCUACGACGUGGACGGCAGUGGCUCCAUCGAUCCGGACGAGCUGCGAACAGUUUUGAAGUCGUGUCUGCGUGAGAGCGCCAUCUCUCUGCCGGAGGAAAAGCUGGACGACUUGACGCUGGCCCUGUUCGAGUCAGCUGAUAAAGACAACAGCGGCGCCAUCACCUUCGAGGAGCUCAAAGCUGAGCUGGAGAACUUCCCCGAGGUGAUGGAGAACCUCACCAUCAGUGCUGCCAACUGGUUGAAGCCUCCUGAUCUGGAUCAGAAGAAGCGUCACGCUCCUCGUUACCUGACUCGAGCUUACUGGCACAACAACAGCCGGAAGCUGCUGUUCCUGUGCAUGUACGCCUGCGCCAGCCUGCUGCUCUUCAUCGGGGCCAUGCUGCAGCACAGUCAGGGCGGAGGCUGGUACAUGGUGGCCAAAGGCUGCGGACAGUGUCUCAACUUCAACUGCACCUUCGUCAUGGUCCUGAUGCUGCGUCGCUGUCUGACCUGGCUGAGGGCGACGUGGGUGGUCCGGGUCUUACCUCUGGACCAGAACAUCUUGCUGCAUCAGAUCGUGGGCUACGCCAUCCUCUGCUACACGCUGGUCCACACCACCGCCCACAUCUUCAACUUCGUGCAGCUGUCGGAGAGCAGCGAGUUCAGUCUGUGGGAGUACCUGCUGACCACGAGGCCGGGGAUCGGCUGGGUGAAGGGGACGGCCUCCGUCACCGGGGUCGUUCUGCAGGUCGUCAUCUGCCUCAUGGUGCUCUGCUCCAGCACGUUCGUACGACGCAGCGGACAUUUCGAAGUGUUUUACUGGUCUCACCUGUCCUACGUGUGGGUCUGGUCUCUGUUGAUGGUUCACUGUGCAAACUUCUGGAAGUGGUUUGUGGUUCCUGGUUUGGUGUUCUUGCUGGAGAAGAUCGUAGGAAUCGCCGUGUCUCGUAUGGGAGGUCUUUACAUCGUGGAGGUCAACCUGCUGCCGUCCAAGGUGACUCACCUGGUCAUCAAACGUCCUCAGUUCUUCCAUUUCAAACCUGGAGAUUACGUGUACAUCAACAUCCCCGUGAUAGCAAAGUACGAGUGGCAUCCGUUCACCAUCAGCAGCGCUCCAGAGCAGUCAGACUCUCUGUGGCUUCACGUCCGCUCGAUGGGUCAGUGGACCAACCGUCUGUACGAGUACUUCAGACAACCAGAGAGCCAGACGGUCAGCUCCAAGAGACUGUCCACCAGCCUGAGGAACCACAGACAGCUGAUGAAAGCCCAGGAGGACCUGUUCAGCUCUACGAACUGUAACGGAGCGGUUGCCUCUAACGAGGACGACGCCAUCGAGCUGAUGAUGUACCGUCAGAGCGGCUGCCGGUCCGAUGCGGCUCCGCCCCCGAUGUGUGGCUCUCAGGGGCCGGCGGAGCCUCUUCCGGACGAGCUGGGGCCGGCAGAGAGAGGAGAGGCUCCUCCACUCAGAGAGGUUUCUGCCAAGUUUGGUGAGAAUCACAGGUUCUGCAACAUCAAGUGUUAUGUAGAUGGACCUUACGGGACUCCCACGAGGCAGAUCUUUGCCUCCGAGCACGCCGUCUUGAUCGGGGCCGGCAUCGGCAUCACGCCGUUCGCCUCCAUCCUGCAAAGCAUCAUGUACCGAUACCGCAGGAGGAAGCAGAACUGUCCCAACUGUAACUACUCCUGGUGCGAGAACAUUAAAGACAGCGACAUGAAGUUACGCAAAGUCGACUUCAUCUGGAUCAACAGAGACCAGAAGUCGUUUGAAUGGUUUGUCAGUUUACUGACCAAACUGGAGAUGGACCAGGCGGACGAGGAGCCAGAAGGUCGCUUCCUGGAGAUGCACAUGUACAUGACGUCUGCGCUCAGCAAGAACGACAUGAAGGCCAUCGGCCUGCAGAUGGCGCUGGACCUCCUGGCCAAGAAGGAGAAGAGAGACUCCAUCACCGGACUGAGGACCAGAACCCAACCUGGACGACCUGAGUGGGGGAAGGUGUUUCAGAAAGUGUCCGCGGAGAAAAAAGGGAAAGUCCACGUGUUUUACUGCGGCUCUCCUGCUCUGGCAAAAGUCAUCAAAGCUCAGUGUGAACACUUUGGCUUCAACUUCUACAAGGAAAACUUCUGAGGUCGACGCCCACAGCUCAACACACAACUCCUGCUGUGUGUGUGUGUGAGAGAGUGUGAGUGUGUGUGAAUCCUGCCUUUGCUUUGUAUCCUGUUUAUCCUCCAUGACAGCCGUCUGUGUUGUGUUUGUGUUAGCUGUUAAAUCAUAUAUGCACUGGUGUGUUUUGGUGUGUUGUGCUGGUCGUCCAUCUUUCCUUUAAUGAUGUGCUCGUGUAGAUCUGAAUAGGUGAUUGAUAAGGUGAAACAUUUUUCUGCUCUCAUUAAACGAUCGUUUCUUCUGUUGCAUCACAGUUCAGAGAAAA